GCCGCAGCUGUGGUAAGGCUCACGAGCAGCAGCAGGUCCGUGGGGUUGAAACGCGAAGAAAGGGCUGCUGUUAAGAUCCAGGCGGCUUUCCGUGGUUAUUUGGCGAGGAGAGCACUGAAGGCGCUGAAAGGAUUGGUGAAGCUUCAGGCUCUGGUUAGAGGCAACAUUGUGAGAAAGCAGGCAGCUGAAACCAUGAGGUGCAUGCAAGCUCUGGUUCGAGUUCAGGCCCGAGCUCGUGCUUGCCGAGCUCUUCGCCCAGAGCCAAGCAGAUCCAGCAAAAGUUCCCGCUCCAAUCCUGGCCCUCCUACUCCUGAUAAGUUUGAGCAUGCCGUCCGGCCAAAUUCCCCCACGCCACAUACAUCCGGCUCUCUCAGGAAGAAUUUUUCAAAGCAAGCAGGAGUUAUAGAUGCCGCCGUCCAAAGCGAAGUAGAUCAAUCAGCUAACUGGAAUUGGCUUGAUCAGUGGAUGGAAGAGCGAUACUGGGACUGCAUCGAAGCUUCCAAAGCCAUGGAUGACGAGAAGAACGCUAAGGUAUUGGAGGUAGACACAGGGAAACCUCAGUCCAACUCGAAGCGGCAUGCCACCCACAGUCAUCUUCAUCCAUCCUAUUCCACCAUGAACUCCGAUCCGAUCGUUCGAAACUUAUCCGCCACUCAAGACUCGCUCUCUAAAGACUCGACCACCGCCCAAUUCUCCAUUCCUAGCCAUUCACCUGUCAACAGGCAGCAGUCCAUGAGCCCAAUGCUUCGAUUCCCAGUUCUGGAUUUGGGCGAAAGCCCUCAGUUCUAUUCCGCAACUUCACGGCCAGGGAGCUUGAGGAGGGGACCUUUCACGCCGGCGAAGAGCGAGUGCUCGAGAAGCUUGUUCAAUGGGUACACAGACUACCCGAAUUACAUGGCGAACACCGAGUCAUCGAUGGCAAAAGUUCGCUCCAUGAGCGCUCCCAGGCAGAGGCCGGGGUACGAGAAACCGAGCCCAACGAGGAGGCUGUCGUCUCCUGGGACUGGCCAGAGGCCAUCAAUGGCGCAUACCAAGCAAGCAAACAAGGGUUAUCCUGGCUCAGGAAGGCUGGAUAGAUUAGGGAGGCCUCUGAAGAUCUAAUUGUUGUAUUUUCUAUCUAACAUUUCUGUUGAGGGAUUAUGUUUAUGUUGCUCUAUAUAUUUAGUUCAUAUUGCUCUGUAUUGAAAAUUCUAUUUGCAUCAAUGCAGAACAAUAUAGAUCAAAAAAAGA